AUGCAAGCUCCAGUGGUAUACUUGAACGCUAAUACCGAGAGACAGUCGGGCCGCCAGGCGCAGGUGCUGAACAUCACAGCAGCAAAGGCUGUGGCAGAUAUCAUCAGAACAUGUCUCGGGCCAAAGGCGAUGCUCAAGAUGUUGUUGGACCCAAUGGGAGGAAUCGUGCUUACCAACGAUGGGCACGCUAUUUUGCGUGAGAUCGACGUGUCUCAUCCAGCAGCAAAGUCUAUGAUUGAGCUAAGUAGGACACAGGACGAAGAGGUGGGAGAUGGAACCACCACAGUGAUCAUCUUGGCUGGUGAGAUCUUGGCCCAGACGUUUCCUUACAUUGAGAAGAACUUGCACCCGGUGGUGAUUAUUCAGGCUUUGAAGCAGGCAUUGAGUGAUGCUUUGGAGAUCAUCCACUCUGUCUCCGUGCCUGUGGACACAGAAAACGACGAGGCCAUGAUAAAAUUGAUCAAGGCUUCCAUUGGCACGAAAUACGUGCACAAGUGGUCGGAGAAGAUGUGCCAGUUGGCGUUGCAGGCAGUGAGAACAGUCAAAGUUGAGCAGGGGGACUACAAAGAGAUCGACACUAAAAGGUACGUUCGUGUCGAGAAGAUCCCAGGUGGUGAAGUCACAGACAGUGAGGUGUUGGAUGGCAUCUUGUUGAAUAAAGACGUCACCCACCCUAAAAUGAAGAGACACAUCGAGAACCCUCGUGUUAUACUUUUGGACUGCCCAUUAGAGUAUAAGAAGGGAGAGUCGCAGACCAACAUCGAAAUCACAAAAGAAGAGGACUGGAACAGGAUCUUGCAGAUCGAGGAGGAACAAGUCAAGUUGCUCUGUGACCAGCUCUUGGAAUUCAAGCCAGACGUUGUCAUCACAGAAAAGGGCGUUUCCGAUUUGGCCCAGCACUACUUGUUGAAAGGUGGUGUGACCGCAUUGAGAAGAGUCAAGAAGUCAGAUAACAACAGAAUCGCCCGUGCAACUGGUGCCACUAUUGUGAACCGUGUCGAAGACUUAAAGGAAUCUGACGUUGGUGUCAAGUGUGGCCUUUUCAAGGUCGAGCUCAUCGGUGACGAAUAUUACACCUACUUGAUCAAAUGUAAAGACCCACGCUCGUGCUCUGUGUUGUUGAGAGGCGCAUCAAAGGAUAUCUUAAACGAGAUCGACAGAAACCUCGAGGACGCCAUGGCUGUGGCGCGUAAUGUCAUGUUCGAGGCUUCCUUGUCGCCAGGAGGAGGUGCUACUGAAAUGGCAGUAAGUGUGAAACUUGCAGAGAAAGCCAAGUCCAUCGAAGGUGUUGCUCAGUGGCCGUACCAGGCUGUUGCUGAUGCCUUUGAGAUUAUACCCAGAACAUUGGUGCAGAACUGCGGUGGUAACCCUAUCCGUGUGUUGUCACAAUUGAGAGCCAAACAUGCCGAGGGCCAGCACACGUUUGGCAUUGAUGGAGAGAACGGCAAAGUUGUUGAUAUGAACGAGUACGGUAUUUGGGAGCCUGAGGUGAUCAAGCAGCAAUCGAUUAAGACCGCUGUGGAGAGUGCUUGUCUUUUGUUGAGAGUGGAUGAUAUUGUCAGCGGCGUUCGUCAGCAGCUGCAGUAG